GCACCUCAUCAAUCUCCCAAGCGCGUAAGUCUUCUCUCUCUCUCUCUCUGAUUUUUCCAUUCAAAAUUUUGUAUGCGCGUAUGUAGAUGCGCUUCUAUUUCUAGAAAAUUUUCUAUUUAGGGUUCAAUCCAAUUGAGUUGGACUCUGUUGUACAUCUUGCACUCUUUCCCUUUUCUGGAUCCAAACAAAGGUUUUUUUGGGCGAUGUGUUUGUAAUUUCGUCUCUAGGGUUUCGGUCCCGUUGUGUCGUUGCUUUCUUUAAUCGAGCGGGAACUCUUAAGUUCGUUAUCGAGUUUUGGUGUUGAAUGCACUCGAAAGUUAGAGCUUUUUUCGGGAUUGAGAUUUUUCUGACCCGCCUUUUGCGUUCUCUUAAUCGAAUUUAGUAUUUUUGAAACAAAAAAGUGAAACGAAUCGAAAAUUGAAGUUGAAUGUAAAAUUAUGCAUAUAAAGGGCUGGAUUAUUCAGUACGAGGCCUUGAAUACAUGUAAGGAUUGAGUUUUAGUUGAGGUGUCUUUGGAUAUGACAUGUGGAAAGGCUUUUGAAUGAAGAGAGUUGAUAUGUGCCGAUUUUUCCUUCUAAAUUUAUGGCACCCACUGUUCCUAUAGAUUGCACGGACCUAAGGGAGUCUAAGAAGUUCUCAAAGAUGGUUUUGGGUGAUAUGAUGGGGAAAGCACGCAAAUCUUCAAAAGGCUAUUCUGGGAUUCUACCAGGUUACCCCCGUGCAGCAGAAAUAGUGGCUGAAUCAGAAGGUUUAUUUAAAUCAGAUCAUGGUGACGCACUGCUGAACGCUUCACAGGAUACAUAUACUCCCAAUGUGAAAUAUAUAAGCUUGAAUGCGGAUGCUCAUGGUGGUUCUGUUGUACCAGUUGAGACGCUGUCUCUGUCUAAGCUGUCACCCUUGGAGAGGAGGGACUUAGAGGCUAGAUUAAAGAUUGAACUUGGAAAAGUUAGGAAGCUUCAGAGGAAAAUAGCCUCUUUUAGUUUUGAUGCAGUGGUACGGUCCAGUACUGAUGUCCAUGGUUGUCAAAAUGAGCCUAUGAAGAAACAAAUCCUUCCGGAAAAAAAUGGGCAUCGAUCUAAAGGUGGUUCUGUGACAGCUAGGAAAAGUGAGUCAACCAAGCCGAAUCCUCCAAAGAGCACCAAUUUUGUUAUGCUAAUGAAACAGUGUGAGACACUUUUAACUAGGUUGAUGCAACAUCAACAUGCUUGGAUUUUUAACGAGCCAGUUGAUAUUGUGAAACAUAACAUCCCAGAUUACUUCAAUGUUAUUAAGCAUCCGAUGGACUUAGGAACAGUUAAAGGUAAGUUGCUUUCUAAUCAGUACUCCAAUCUGAUGGAAUUUGCUGCUGAUGUGAGACUCACCUUCAAGAAUGCAACGACUUAUAACCCACCUGGACAUGAUGUCCAUGUUAUGGCUGAGGUAAUGAGUAAACACUUUGAAAUGAGAUGGAAACCAAUUGAGAAAAAAAUUUCCACUACAACAACUGAACCCAGAGCUUCAAAAUCAAGUGUUGUUGUAGAACCUGAACGCUCAUAUGUUUCUCCUGCUAAGAAGCAAAGGACUUCAUCUUCGGAAAAUAAAACCAAGAGGGAUAGAGAUAAACAGGUGAUGACUGAUGUUGAAAAACAAAAGCUGGGUGCAGAGUUGGAGGAUUUAUUGGUUGAACUCCCCGACGGUAUAAUUAAUUUUUUGAAAGAAAGCAGUUCAAAUGGAACUCUGGUGAGCGAGGAUGAGAUUGAAAUUGAUAUUGAUUCUCUUAGUGAUAACACUCUAUUCACAUUGCGCAAACUUCUGGAUGAUUUUCUACUGGAGAAGAAGAGAAAACAAGAAAUGUCUCAGCAAUCAGCAAUUGAGAGGCAAAAAGAAUCCGGUGUUUGCAGCUUAUCCAACAAGCAUUGCCAAGGGAAUGAAGCAGCGGAUGAGUAUGUAGAUAUUGGUGGAAAUGAUCCACCACCUGCAUCCAGUUCCUCUCCUAUCAAUAAUAAUACGGUCGAUGCUGCACAAAAAAACAUCAGUGCCAGUCAGACCUCCAGCAGUGAUUCAGGCUCAUCAUCAUCUGAUACGGAUUCUGAAAGUUCUUCUGCCAGUGAAAUAGAUGGUGAUAAGAAUUCAGAGCCUACUACUGUGAAUGGUACAUUAGAUACAAGAGCUGAGCAGAAGCAAAGUGAGUCUCAUGAUCCAGUCAAUGGAGAAUUUCGGAAUGGGUAUGCUGAGCAAAAUUCAGUGCCUAACCCUUCCUCUAGUGAGCUUAAUCAUCAUCAACAGGGGGAGAGUGAUAGGGCCGAAGGGCAAGUCUCCCCUGAUAACCGAGCAGCUAUAUUGAGAAGAAGGUUUGCUGAUAUUAUAAACAAAGCUAAAAGGAAUGCUCUUGAAAAAGGGGAAAACCCAGAUUUAGAGAAACUUAAGCUUGAAAGAGAGGAAGUUGAAAGGCGAAGAAAAGAAGCUCGGUUGCUGGCAGAAGCUAAAGCUGCAGAGGAGGCUAGGAUAAAAUCUGAAGCAGAAGCUGCUGCAGAAGCCAAAAGGAAAAUAGAACGUGAGCGGGAGGCUGCUCGUCAAGCUCUGCAGCAGAUGGAAAAGACCGUUGAUAUCAAUGAGAAUAGUCAAUUUAUGGAAGAUUUGGAGAUGCUUAAAUCUGGCACCGUUGAGAAAAUACAGGGCCUUGAAGAUGAUGCAAGCCCAGAAAGUUGUCAGAUGGGUCUUGGUAGUUUCAAGUUUCAAGCAAGCAGCAAUCCACUUGAACAACUUGGGCUUUACAUGAAGAACGAUGAAGAGGAGGACGAGCUUGAACCCGAAAGAUUAAGGGACACUACUGAUGAUCCCGAAGAAGGAGAGAUUGAUUGAAAAGAAGCAAACCUGGAAGAUGUUGGAUCUCUGUCCGCGUAAUCUUGCAAGAAAGGAGCUUUUCCUGUUCUAGAAAUCAAGCUAUUGCCAUCUUCCACGUGGUCUGUAAUUAGUGCCCUGAUGCAUGGCUAUCAAGAUAUACAAGAAUCUGAUGCUCACUUUUUUCUGCUUCUCUUUAGAAAGGAUUUUGGAGCAGAGGUGUGAAUGAGAUAGGAUUUGAAGCUUGGCGCCUUUAUUGGCAGGCAGCCGUUGUUCCUUUCUGAUGAUCUUGUCUGUCUUCUUCUUUUCUUCAGGAACAGGAAUAGGAUUGUGAAGCUGUUAGUGCUGCCAUGUCAGUCUUUGAUAUCUUGUUUCAUUAUUUGGUUUGUUGAAAUCUUUAUGGACUUAGAAAUGGGAAUACAAACACCGAUGCGCAUACUGAA